AUGCAGGCCAGCUGUUGGCUAAUAAAGUGGGCAUGUGCCCUCAUCUGGUGCCUUUCCUUAGGGGUGGAAGGUGCUGGAGCCCCGGGUAUAAGACAUGAUGGGUUGGAGGUCUUGGAUCCUGGGGAUCUCCUGGCCAGCCUGAGCCAGAUACCCACCAGAGAAGACUGGCUCCAUCAAGCAUUCACCGAUUCACUUCCUGGUGCCAGAUCUCUUCUAAGUGAAGGGAACAGAACCCCCUACCCCUGUGAAAGGGGAGGCCAGGGUGGUGGUGGGGCCCUGGGAGCCAGGAUUACCACCAACUGGGAGUCAGGCAUUGCUGGGAUUGGGUGGAUAGCCUUAUUUAUUUACUUUUGGCUGUGCUGGGUCUUUGUUGUGACCUGA